AUGGCUCACCUUGGGAGUGCCGCGCCGCCCAAUUACAUGCCAGGCGUCUGUCGGGAGGACCCUCAUGCGUGCAUCGUUUUAGGAGGUGGCUGCUUUUGGGGUCUAGAGAUGCUCUUUAGAGAGCACUUUAGAUCCAAGCUGCUAAGUACGCAAGUGGGCUACGCAGGAGGCCACACACAAAACCCUACAUACGAAGACGUCUGCUCGGGUACCACUGGUCACUUUGAGGCCUUACGAGUUUGCUAUUUCACUGACAAAACCACCCCUGAAGAAAUACUCGAGUUUUUCUGGUCAGUUCAUGACCCGACAACAAAAGACAGACAAGGACCAGAUGUAGGACCACAAUAUCGUUCUGCUGUCUGUGUAAGUUCUCCCGAGGAGCAGGCAGCAGCAGAAAAGGUCUUCUCCUUAAUGGAGGAGAAAUGGGGGAAGCCUCUGCAGACACAAAUACUUCAGGGCAAAUGCGCAUUCUGGCCGGCAGAGACAAAGCACCAGCUGUAUCUGGAAAAACAUCCGGGGGGCUACUGCACCCAUAGAAACCAUUUUACCAAAGGCAACAAAACCUAG